AUGGGACUGCUUAAAAAUUGGUGGUCUCUCGAGCAACCCGAAAGUAAUCGAGCUCUGGGCUUGGAAACGCCGGUGCAAUACAAGGAGCGAUGGAUAUCCAUCAGAGUGUUCUAUUGUUUAGGUUUUUUGAUAUACUUCACGUUCAGUGCUGUCGUUACUUCAUUAUGGCCGUAUUUGAAAACAUUAGACCCAGAAGCCGACAAACAAUUUCUUACCUACAUUCUUGCGUUGCCUUCGUUUAUGCAACUUGUAUUCAGUCCAGUUUUUGGUUGGUGGAGCAACAGAAUAUCAUCGGCUAGGAUCCCGAUUGUCGUUAGUUUGGUGUCCUUCAUUUGCGGACAUGUGCUGUACGCAGUGAUGGAAGACAUUCCGGUGUACCGCAAGGAAAUUCUGAUGAUGUCACGAGCCAUGGCAGGGUUGGUGACUGCCGCAACUGCUAUCAAUCGAGCAUACAUAUCAUCCGCCACGACAGUUGCAGAAAGGACUAUGACAGUGUCACACGUGAAUCUUGGCAAUACGUUGGGCUUAUUGGCGGGAUCUGCUUUCCAGCCGAUCGUAUCCUUCUUGGGAAAAAAAGGAUUCUGCCUUUUAGGAUUCAUUCGGCUCAAUAUGUUUUCAACAGUAGGAUGGAUAGGCGUAAUUUUUGGGUUCUUCGUGUUUGCGCUAAUGAUGCCAUGUGUCUUCCAAGAGCAUCAUAUCGCAGUAAAGGAGGUUAUGAUGAACAAUGGAGAGCUGAAGGACGGCUCAAAACUUCCUGUCGAACGACUCCAUUAUCAACCAAUAGUUUUAACACUGGUUGCAUUUGCUUCUAUAAUGUACGGUCAUACUACAUUUAAUUCGUAA